AUGGAUUUCGAAGCAAAUUUCACAGACGAUAUCUUUUACGAUGCAACUGAUGGUGCAGAUCAAGACAUGGAUAUUUGGGAAAAAGUUGUCUGUGACGAUUUUUCUUCAAUAUUGCCAAAUGAUAACGAGAACGAUAAUGAAAUAAAUAUAGACUGGAGUGGC